AGCUUGUAAGCUAAUUUGCUAGCAGGCUGCUGGAGCUGCGCAACCGAACAGCGCGUAUCACGUGACGUAAAUGCGAAGCCCUCCGUAGGCUAGUCCGUCUCAUUUUGUAGGCCGCUCGGUCCAGCCUACCCGGACUACGUGGGCUGGGUCCUCCGUGGACCGCGUAGGCUGCGUACUCCGAAGGGUGCAGCCCCUGAAUUGAGACACGGCCACAGUGUUGAAAACGACGACAGGAUCUGCGGGCUUUUAUUUUGAAGAGCCCGAGAGCUGCAGUGUACCGGAAGCAGAGAAGAAGAAGCUGGAGGUGUUAUUGACAGAACCAGGUCAGAGGAACCCCCCUCCCCCAGCAGUAAUGGCUCUGAUCUCUCUUGAAGACCUCGAGGGAUUGGACGAGGAGCAGCUGGACGAUGACAUCACUGAGGAACCUCAACCAAUGGCUGAAGAGGAAGAAGACCGGCUGCUGACUCACUGGCAGGCGGUCGCCAGUAAUCACCAGGUGUUAGUACCACCAGAGAUGAUGGGACCCAUAAUGGAAAUGACCCGCAACAGCCAGCAGAGGGAGCUCCUCCAAUUUUCCUCCAUCUGCUGCCACGAGAAGAUGGGGGAGGUGCAGUUCGAGGAGAGGCUGAUCUCCCCCGGUCAGUGGGCCUGUGUUUCAGCCGGAGAAAAACUGUUCGAGCAGAGCGUCUCUGUUAGCUUCAUGAAGCUAAUGCGCUACAUCUGCAGGGAGAACUCCACAGGGCGGUUCCUGGGUCUGACGGUUCCCGUGGUUACCGAGGUGUCAGCUGACGGCCUCUCGAUGCAGGAAGUCGUGCGGACGUCCUUCUUCCUGCCCUCAGAGUUUCAGAGCGCCCCCCCCCUCCCCUCAGACCCCGACAUCACCAUCGUCCAGCGGGAGCCAAUCAGAGUGCUCUCCAGGACGUUCUUCGGGACGACCACCUGGCAGACGCUCACCUAUCAGGUGGGGAUUCUGCGGGGCCUUCUAGGUGCCCCCCCCCUGCUGGGCGCCCCCCCUCUGCUGGAAAACUUCAUGGUGGCUUCCUACGAGAACCCGUCAGUUCCCGAGCGCAGGAACGAGAUCUGGAUCCUCCCAUGAGACUUGUAGACGCCUUCCCAGCAUGCACUGCUCCUGGGUUCAAGCCCCACCCCCUGCCACUGCUGUCCGAUCACGAAGCCUCUCUUUGAGUUGCUGACGCCCCAUUGGUUCUCCCUCAGUAUUUGAAUGGUCGUGACGUCAGCAGACACUCACACAUCUCCGUCCUGAUUGGCUGCCACAGUGCCUCAGCAGAUGUUAGCUUAGCAUAAAAACUGAGCAGCUUCACUUCCUGUUUGAAACAUCAACACGUGUUUUCAGAUCUCCUUUUUCAGAUUAUUCCGUCAGCACAUGAACGCAGCAUCGAUCCAGAGCGGACACAAUAAGAAAAUAUAUUAUUAGAUAUUUAAUAUGACAUCCUCUAACAUGUGUUAUUAACCCUUUGUUUAAUACGAUCUAACAUGUGUUGUUAACCCUUUGUUUAAUACGAUCUAACAUGUGUUAUUAACCCUUUGUUUAAUACGAUCUAACAUGUGUUAUUAACCCUUUGUUUAAUACGAUCUAACAUGUUU